CACGCGCUUGUGCUCGCUACUGUGACUAGAAGAUGGGACAGACGGCGCUCACAGGCUCGGUCACAUGCAUUUAAUUAACAUCCGGGGAGAAUCCUGUUUAUGGGCAGCAUGGAAGAACCCGUAGAGGAGUACGAGUCUCCGUUUAACUUCGAGCAGGGUGUAAACACCAGCUACCUCUACCUGUCACCCAAAGAAAAUUUCACUCCUCCCGGUUCACCCGUAACAUCGGUCAAAGAUACUAAGAGGCAAGACUUUAUGCCAGAAGUGGGUGAAGAUGCGGUGAACACAGUGGAACCGACAGCAUCCAGCACAGCCCUGAGUGAAGAAGAGCAGGCUGAACUCCGCAGUGAACUCGCUAAGGUGGAAGAUGAGAUCCAGACUCUUUCUCAGGUGUUGGAGGCCAAGGAGAAGCAGGUGGCAGAGCUCAAGCGGAAGCUGGGCAUCAAUCCACUCAAUGAGCUCAAACAGAAUCUGAGCAAGAGCUGGCAUGAAGUCACCACCUCCACUGCGUAUAAGAAGACUUCAGAAACCCUCUCUCAAGUGGGUCAAAAGGCGACGACAGCAUUUUCCAGCGUGGGCUCAGCCAUCACCAGAAAGCUGGAGGACGUUAGGAACAUGCCCACUUUCAAGUCAUUUGAGGAAAAAGUGGAAACUUUAAAGACCAAGAUAAGCCCCACACCUUCAACAGGAGACAUUGAAGAGGUUUCAAACUCAACCCUUGAGGAAGAGCCUGUGGUAAAACAACCAGAGGCAACAAUAAGCCCAGAUCAGCAACUUCACUAAAGACCCACAUCUGACGCUCCUCACCCCGCCCAUCUGAACCCAGCCAACCUCUCUUCUCUCUCUUUAUCUCCUGUUCACCACCACUCCACAGCCACACAACUGUAUUAACUGAUAACUAGGAGACGAUUUAUUGAAUUUACAGUAAAUGUAGAACAUGAGAUUGAUGUCUCGUGCAUUCUGCAGGUGCAUGUGGAUCUAAAUAUUUCAAAGCUGCUCUUCAACACACCACACGUUUGUGUGGCGAUCCCAAACAUUUGUACAGCCCGUCUAUUUGUUUAUCUGCUGGGAGUCUGAGGCGUCUUCAGACUGAACAUGGUAGUCAUGCACUGGAACAGAUCUGUGUGUUUGUGGGAUGUGUGUACGCUCGCUUAUGGAGCAAUACAUCACUCUGACCUCUGACCCUUAAACUUGUGUGUCAGUGCAGAGACUCGGUCCUUUAAAGAGGAGGCUGUGCUUUUACACUUUAUUAGGAUAAAUCCUCUAGACAUUAUAGAGAAAUCCAAAAACAUAUCAUGAAAUUAGAUUAUUAAUUAAACAUAAUUUUAACCAAUAAAAAAUUAUUUGCAAGCAGCUGUACUUAAAAUAACCAAGCACUUUUUUUAUAAUAAAUAACAUUGUGUUUGUUCUCCUUAAUAAUGCCAAAAACACACAGCAUCGUCAGUUCAGUCUAACCAAUUUUGCGUAUUAACUAUGUGUUAUUAAUGUUCAUAACUAUAACACCAAAUAUGAUCAAAGUAUGACAUUGUGUUAUUUCUCAUUCGUUUGUGUACUUGGAUUCAUGUACAUGAUAGACAACUUGUGUUAUUAAUGUAGUGCAUUAUUGCAUCACAUCACUGAGAUCUCGUGUUGCUGAAACUGAAAAGCAUUCAUUUGAAUUUGAUUGUGUGAUACUAGAACGUAAGGGAGAUGGAUGUCACUAAAAAAGUUAAUUUUAGACAAACAUAUUGAAACUAAAGCACAUUUAUAAUCACACCGGCUGUUAUUGUCUUGUGUAUUUAUUAGCUUUAGGUUCCAGCACUACAUCAUGGUUUCAGGUAGAAAUAAUAAACGUGUUUGAGUGUUUUAAACAUGCUUUUGGGGGGGGAAGCUUUUAUUUUUUAUUUUGCAAACAUUUUCUUUUAAAUAGAUGCAUAUUGCAAAAGUUUCAUGCUUGCUGCUAUAAAUAUCAUAAUAUAGAUUGAAAAUAUUACUCUUCUAGUUAUCUUCCUAGUAUUGAUUUCUACUAAUAUGGAAGAUAACAUUAAUCCAGUUGUAAUAACACACAAAAUUGCGUUUAAAAGACUUAAGUGGGACCAAGAGUGUUUUAUUUGUAUCGUCCUUCAAGGGUCUGUCCUGUCUCACAGAUGUUGUAGCUCAGGUUUUCUGUUUAUUCCUCAGAAUCAUCGCUGGAUUAUCUGAUUGUAUUCGACUGAAUGACUCUAAUGGGCUUUUCUCUUGGGUAGCUGUUGCUUCUGUUAUUACUGUGUACUGAAAGACAAAUACAAAUAUUUGGUUUCUUUGUAUGUCAGAUGUCUAAUAAAGCACACAACACAUUCUCUUUA